CUUCAUAAUAUAAAUUAUGAAUAUAUAUAAAAAAAUAGAAAACAUAGAUAAUAGAGUAAAAUACUAAAAAAGCAAAUUAUAAAGAAACAAAUUAUAAUAUGGUUUUGAUAUAUAACAAAAAAAAAGAUCAGAAUAAAUUAGAGCCCUUAAUUAGAAUCAAACACUCUACGUCACACAGAGCGGACACAACUAUAUAUAAAUCCCGCUUAUUUUUCUUCUCUCUUCUCUCUCUUUCGUCUCCCUCAGAUAAUACCAGAGAAAUUGAAAGAAUCAAUGGAACAAGCUCCACUUCCUGCUAACGUCGUCGAGUCUAUCACAUCAUUCCAACUUCACCGGAACUUGAAUCUUCCUCCAGGUUACGGAUUUCACGCAUCCGACGAACAGUUAUUGCAACUAUUCCUCGGUCCUUUCGUAGAUGGACGCGACCAGAAGACUUGCCCUAUCCACAACAUCACCGGCGAUGUAUACUCCUCUUCUCCAGACGUUCUUACCGGUGCAUAUGAGCAUGACGGAGAAGAUAAAUGGUUCUUCUUUUGUACUAACAAGUACGAUGAUGACGUUACUUCAAGGGCCGGUCGUGUUAUCGUCGGCGGCGGAGGUGAAUGGGUAAAGAUGGGUCCCAUCAAGAAAUUAUUUGCGAAUAUUACGCUUCUUGGUUUCAAACGUACUCAAGACUUCUACGUUCAAGGCAUGGAUCUUUCAUAUUGGAGGAUGGAGGAAUUAUCACUUAGAGACAAGUCUACUCACGUCUUGGCCAAGAUAUAUGCAAUUGACGGUAUCAAGAAACAAAAGUCAAAGUCUGUAACCAUUGAAUCCACGCCUCCAACUAAAAGACUGAAGCGAGACCUUCCCAUUGAUGAUAUAUCUCCACAAACCAGAAACGACGGAAGCAUUCCCCCACUUCAAGCGCAGCAAGCCCAAACCUAUAACCAGUCUCCUACAGCUGACGAAGACUUUAUUUAUCCUGCAGAACAUGAACGACGUGAAUGGAUGAAGGACACGUUUCUGAAUCCUUGAGACCAGUAGCAGAUGAACAAAGUGAUUUUUUUGCUUAUGUUAGUUUUGUUAGUUUAAUAUGCUAGGCAUUUUGUUUCAUUUUAUUAUGGGACUAAUUAAUCAGGUGUGCCCAUUAGCCUCAUCUUUUAGAUAAGUUUUUAAUGGGAGCAUGGACCUAUCUCAACAAAACUAUUUACCAAUAUAUUUUUAAAAUGUAAAUAAUAAUAAAUAGAAAAUCCCAAAAUCUCCAUGAAGGUUUGUAUUGAGAAAAUAGUUCAUUUCAAUAGUGCGUUUGACUAUAUUGUUUUUUUUCACUAUUGUUCUUUUUUGUAACUAACUUUUUUU